GAUGGCAAAAGUGUUUCGAUGUCUAAUUUUAACGUCUUUUAAUAGCAAAUAACAAUAUUUACCGUCUCAAUAGGACUGUAGUAUGUCAAUAAUUAGUGUUAAUUAAUCUAACUCCCAACAAAACUUAUAACUGUGUGCUUUCUUCGGCAAAUUUUGCGAUUGUUCCGAACAAUAUUGUUGUUACCCUAUAAAAUUAGAGAAAAAUGGAUUUCAGCAUUUUUGUUGUGUUAUUGCUGUUUGUUGUUCAUCUAAAUGUAGUUCUUGCAGGAUUUCACGAAAUAAAAAAGAGAUCGAUGGAUAUUGAACUUUGCAUCGAUCGAUUUGAUAUUCAUUCCAACAAAAUUAUCCGCACUGAAGAGUCGAUUAACAUGGGAGCCAAGUUCAUCGCUGACGUAGAGCUCAUGUCGCAUGAUCAGUGUUUGAGACUUUGUUGCGAAACAGAGGGCUGUAAUGUCUUCGUUUAUGAAGAAAAAAUUCGAGGAACAUGUUUUCUCUUCGAGUGUGGUCCAUCUGAAAACUUUCGAUGCAAGUUUACGGAACACUCGAAUUAUACAUCAGCGAUUCUCGAUUUAAGACGUCCUUUGACUCCUGUAACGGAAGUUCAUCCAAUUUCGGUUCAUGAAUUGGCAUUGAAUAAGUUGAAAAGACCGACAACAACAACAUCGACAACGACAACUGUAAAGCCUGUUCAAAUUGCGCCGAAAACGACAGUUAGUAGCAUUAAGAAUGUGCAGGGAAAUUGCAAAAGAUUUGAAUUUGAAUGUCAUACGCCCGGAAUUGAAGGAGGAUGUAUCGCAAUUUAUAACGUUUGUAAUGGAAUUCCGCAGUGCGAAGAUGCGAGCGAUGAAACAGAUUGCCCGCCUGAAAUGGUUGCAUCGAACAAGAAUCAGGGAUAUCCUCAACCUAUUUUGACUGAAGGCGGAUUAAAAAUCAAACAAUAUCAAUUACCGGAAAAUACAAAUAACAAUGCAAUGCAAGUACAACAACAAGUUCAAAAUCAAAUUCCAAUUAUACAAAAUACCAACAACCGAGAAGAUCCAUUAACUUCUCCAAAGUUUGGAUGGCAAUCUCAACAAGGAUCUAAUGAGAACAUUCAAUAUCAUGAUACGGAAAGUCACAUCUUUAACCAUAAAAAUGGAUUGCAUGUGCCCGCUACGAAUAUCAUUCAACAGCCCAAUUAUGCGGUAGAUCGUAUGCGAGAAGGUUAUCCAAUUCAAUUGGCUCCCGAAACGAUGUAUCAAACGCAGAAUCAGCAACAACAGCAAACAAAUGGACAAUGGAUACCCGAAACGCCUCAUCGUAAUACAUGGCAGCAACAACAACAGCCUCCGAUGAUACCGCAAGUAAUGUCGGGCAUUCAGCAAAAUCUUCAAUCUCCUCAAACACAAAACGGAAAAGUCAAUUUUGGUCAAAUUCCGGGACAAACUCCCGGAGUGUGGGUUCCCGUUCGACAAGAUGCUGUUCAAGACACUCAGAGGCAAUCGUCGAUUGUAGCGCAAGUUCCUGUUGCGAAUGUCGUUCCGUCGAAUGGAGAUGAAAGCAAUCAGAAAUCCGUGAGCAGCGAUGUUUCGAAAGAAACAAACAGUAGUAGCGAUUCAAAAGGCUCCGAAGAAGAUGAAGGAGAAGAAGAUACGGAUUCUGAUGUUACAACAGAAGCUCCAAAAAAACAACGAAAACACAAGAAGCCCAAACAGGAGAGCAAAGCAAAAAGUAAACAUGACGACGAAGCUCAUCACGAAAAAUUACUGAAAGCACAAUAUGCCCAUGUAAAAAAUCAAUUAGAUAUGGAAUUUGCUGAUCAUGAUGGAUAUUCAGAUCGUCCUUCAGGAGCUGUUAUUUCCUUAACUUUAGGCAUAAUUAUUUUGAUUGCUCUUGUCAUUCUUAUCUCAUGUCGUUUUCGCGGAGUAACACGUCGUAUGCGUCGCUUACCCAAAGGAGCUGGAUAUGAUGCGGAUUUCCUCGUUAAUGGAAUGUACCUUUAAAAAGUCAGAACUGAAAAUUGCUUUAACAUGAACAUUUCAACGGAGAAAAAAAAAUGAUAAAUGUCCAUCAUCUAAAUUAUCAAA